AAUAUCUGUCGCAGAAAGUUUCCGACCCUACAUCCUGUGGCGUCGCUAAUAGUUCCAUUUGCGACGACUAAACCGUCGCAAUAGUUCCGACUUUUGGCGACGGGCAAACUAUUUGCGACGAAUGACUGAUUAUCGUCGCCUAAUGAUAUGGCGACGCGGUAUAUGCGACGCAAGGUGAACACUUUUUGUGACGCAAGAUUUCGUCGCUCUAUGUUUUGCGACAGAGUUUAUAUUUUUGGCAACAAAUUGUAUCGUCGCGAAAUCUGCAUUUUCUUGUAGUGUCCAUUAUCGAACGCGUGAUUUGACUCAAUUUUCUUGUUUUAAUUAGCUGAAUUUUUAAAUGAGAUAUUUGAACCAUAAUCCCUCACAAAUUCCUCAUAGCCAAAUUCCUAAUCCAAACCAACUCUUGAUGAUUCCGUCGCGAAAUAUGCAUUUUCUUGUAGUGUCCAUUAUCAAACAAGUGAUUUGACUCAAUUUUCUUGUUUUAAUUAGCUGAAUUUUUUAAUGAGACAUUUGAACCAUAAUCCCUCACAAAUUCCUAAUCCAAACCAACUCUUGAUGAUUCUUCAUUCAUAGUUUCUGUAAUCUUGCAAUCUUGCUUAUAACUUCCUUCCUCUGACACAUUUUGGGAUGGCCAGAUGGGCAUUCUUACCUGUCAUAUACAACUGAUGCAAAUAUUAUUAUUGUAUAAAGAAGAAGCAAAGUUAUUAUUGCAUAAAUUAUUAUAUUUUGAUAUCCCAAAUUUAAUUAAAUUACAAUUUAAUCACUAUAAUGUAUAUUUUAUAUUUUGAUACCCGAAAUUUAAUUUUAAUGCAAAAUUAAUAAACAAUUAUGUUUUGGUAUUCAAAUUUUAUGAGAUUUUCAUACCUACAUUUUUUAAAAUGUACACAUUGGUUCAAUGUUUAGAUUUCACUUGUAUCCAUGAAUCCAAUCCACCAAUUCAUGAAUCCAAUCCACCAUAACAUAAAAGUAUAAAUUUAGUUUGUACUAUACAAGAUGUCAUACAGCCAACUUGCUUGUUUCUUACUGUAUCAUUUGCAUACUUUAGACGUCGUUUGGUAUAUGCUAUAGAUAUAUUUAACGAAUGCAUGUAUUGUAUAUAAGCAUCGUUUUUUGUUGCGAAAUAAAAUACAAUGCAUGCAUUUGAUUGUUGUUGUGAUAUUUGUAAUCAUUCAAAAUGAAUAAUUUAGGGCUAAUACCACUAGGAAACCCGAACUAUGAAGAAUGUGUCAUUUGUGUCCUAAAGUAUCCGAUAUGACAUUUGUGUCCUUACUUAUUAUAGUUGUGUGUCAUUUACGUCCUCACAAUUCCGUUGACCGUUAUAAAUAAUGGUUGACCAAACGGUCACCCAUAAAAUGUUGAUUGUUGGUUACAUGGCACAUAUGUGGCAGCCACAUCUGCGCCACGUCAACUGCCACAUCAGAUUAUUAUUUUUAAAUUAAAAUUAACAAUUAAAUAAAAAAUACAAACGAAUCCCAUUCUUCCUCAUCUCAGAUUCACCAUCGCCGCUCAAAUGGGGAAACACGAUGGACAGGGGGAAGAUUCUGUUCCACCUCGCUACAAAGAAGGAAUUGGGGGUGGGAGAUCGAUGCACCGGCCCUCCCCAAUCACGACCCUGCAAUCUCGCUCCUCGCCCUUCCCGCCGCCGCGACCCGACCUUCUCCAGCCCAGCUUCUCGUCCUCCCCUUGCGCUCCUCCCUCCGCCAGAGAGAGAACAACCUUGCUCCUCCCUCCGCCAAUUCCAAAUCGACUGCGCUGGUGGGAGACCCUUCGUCAUCCUCUGUGAAAACUACAAGACAAUCAACAGGCCCUUCCCGGACUCGGAGACCCACCGGACGGCGUUGGUGUUGAACAGACAUGAGGAAGAUGGAACGGCGACUCCCAUCAGGCAAUGAAGGCUGAGGAAGAUGUAUGUGGCUGACGGAGGUCGCGAAUGGAAGCUCGUACCCCUUCCAAAUUUCCUACAAGGAGGCGGAUGGAAGCUCGUACCCCUUCCAAAUCGUCGUAUGACACGCCAAAACACAACACCAAUCUGCGACCAAGUGUAAUCGCAGACCAGGAAUGCAGUAACAGGCAAGUUAUAUUAUCAACCCGGGGUCUAGAUCUACUGCUUACUCCGUGAUUCUCUAUCAUCUAGCCAACUAAAGUAAGUGAUUGUUGUUUAAAAGCAAAAGCAGAAAGAAAGCAGGAAUUGAUACGGUUUUCUCAAGCAGGUAAGAGUCACUCGGGAAUGAAUCCCCCUAGCUCCUUAGUUAGGUUUCAAUUGUAUUUCCCUGGGUUGAUUUACUGUUGAUUAGACUGCGGAAGAUCCGACAGUAGCUUGGAAUCUCUUAAGCUGACCAAGCCCUCUCAGUCUAUCUACCCGGCAGACGACUAGUCUUCACCGGGAUAGAAAGCUGAAGCAGUAAGAACAGAACUCCACUACUGGAAUGAUGAGACUCUAGCAACCUAAUCAGAUUCUAUCUAUCUCAGAUUGCAGCAGGAAUCAGGAAAAGUUGAUCAGACUUCAUUUGACUCAAUAAACAUGCAUCAUUCGAUUAAAACCAAACAGCAUUAUCAUCCCAAGUCAUUACAAUCAAUCCCUAACACAUAGAACUAGGGUUCUUCAUCCCCAAGUGAGAGAGGGGUUCUACUCCAUAGAGAGAGAGGAAAACAAGAUACAAAGCAGUCAUACUCAUAAUUAUGGGAAGAAUCUGCUCUGGGAUGAUGAUUUCCACUCCUAUGACGAUCUCCAAGCUUGAUUUGAUGAAACCCAGCUCCAAGAUAGCUUCUAGGAUGUGUUCUUCGUCCUUUCUCUCUCUAGGGCUCUGUUUUUGCUCCAAAAUCCCGAUUCCCUCUCUUGUAGCCCGAAAUUGGGUUAAAACCAGGAAUUCCCGACUCACACGGGCUGGGCCACACGGUCGUGUGGCAUACCCAGUUGCCCGUGUGAGUCAAAAUGCUGCGUUCCAAUUAGUUCGAUCUUCAGGCUUCCCACAUGGCCAGGGUCGCACGGCCGUGUGUUAUUUCCAUCCUGCCCGUGUUUGCUCUCGGCGAAACUUGCACGGCCAAACCACUCCUUCACACGGCCGUGUGAACAUCAGGGCAAGUCGUGUUUGCUCUCGCACAAUCUCACACGGCCAAAGUGGUCACUUGCACGGCCGUGUGAGUUGUGGGUGUGUCCGUGUGGCCUCCUUUGUGACUUGCCUCGUGCCCGAUCUUCGUCCAAUCGACCCCAAACUCGCUCCCAAGCCUCCAUUCACGUACUAGGACCUGAAAUAUCACAAACAAACACAACCUAGCGUGAAAUCGGCCUAAAACACGAGAAACCACAUCUCAAACGGUGUAAGAAUAGGGGUGAAAACAUGUGUAAUUAACGGUCUAUCAAACUCCCCCACACUUAACCGUUUGCUUGUCCCCAAGCAAACCAAGUCAGACACAAGGUAAGCUCACAUAUUUCAAUCAACCAACAUUUGGGACAAGUCAUAAAGGCACAGAACACGUGAAUCGUACUGGUUUUCAAACAUCAAUACCUGACCAACUUCAAUAGCAACCUGGACAACCACCACAAAGGACAUUCGAGUGCAGCAAAAUCGAGUAAAGGAAGAGUCUCCCUUCUGUUCACCAACCAACCUAGGCUUGACUCAACCACUUACUCAAAACAGUCAACUCAUGCAUCCAACUCAAGACAUCAGAAUAGAGACCGAGCAAUCUAGGUCCUCACCGGGGUACAAGAGUAUAUAGAAUAUGAAAAUGAAUCACUCACUCUCGA